UAACUUUCUAUCAAUUGCUAAUUCUUUAAAUUUUUUUUUUACUUUAAAAUAUUAUCUUCAUUUAUAUGACAAGUGAAAAUGGUUUGACUAAAUAUUCCAGAGAGAAUCAAAGAAGGCAAGAUGAGUAAAAGCAUGUAGAGAAAAAUCACUUUGCUGUUAAAUUCUUCAUGUUCACAGCUGUCUUAUAUAGAGAGAGACAUUAGGCGAUCGGAGAUUCAAAGUGUUGAUAAAAUAAUGGUCUCUCUCAAGAGCAGUCUGCUUCUGUAAUCACAGAGAGAGAGAGAGAGAGAGAGAGAGCCGGCGAGCAUUACUCCUACUGCAUUUGUCUUCAUCUUUUUGUAGCUCCAAUUCAACCUCACUAAUAAUGCUAAUGAGCCUCUGAAAAGCUUGUUUUUAAUCAUCCCUUUUAGGGGAUCUUACUUAGCUAAAGCAGGGGAUUUAAAUGGCUUCCAAAUCGUUCAAGGCGAGUAGAUCAAAUUUAUCCACAGAUUCUGAGAUGACAGAGUCUCAAAACGGCAGGCCGCCUCUGCCUCCGCAGUCUCACGUCACGUUUGCCCGCCGGACCUCAUCAGGACGCUAUGUCAACUACUCUAGGGACGAUCUCGACAGUGAGCUAGGCAAUGACGACUUCCUGGAUUACACGGUCCACAUUCCCCUUACCCCCGACAACCAGCCUAGCAACCCCGUCACACAGAAGGUGGAGGAGCAGUAUGUCUCGAGCUCACUCUUCACGGGCGGGUUCAACAGCAUGACAAGGGCUCAUUUGAUGGACAAGGUCAUUGACUCAGACGCUAGCCAUCCGCAGAUGGCUGGCGCCAAGGGAUCCUCUUGCUCCGUCCCCGGCUGUGAUGGGAAAGUCAUGAGUGAUGAGAGGGGAGAUGAUAUCCUCCCUUGUGAGUGUGAUUUCAAGAUUUGUAGGGAUUGCUACUUUGAUGUGCUCAAGACGGGAGAAGGGGUCUGCCCCGGGUGCAAGGAGCAGUACAAUGCGGCUGAUCUGGAUGAGGCCAUGGAGAAGUGGCCGGCUCUGCCACAGCUCCCACCGCCACCAUCUGGGGUUUCCAAGGUGGAGAGGAGGAUGUCGCUUAUGAAAUCGAACAAGUCAAUGCUGAUGAGGAGCCAGACUGCCGAUUUUGAUCAUAACAGGUGGCUGUUUGAGACGAAGGGGACUUAUGGAUAUGGCAAUGCUAUAUGGCCUAAGGAGGGGGGAUACGAUGACGAGAAGAAUGAGCGUACUGUUGAGUCUUCUGACUUGGUGAGCAAACCGUGGAGGCCACUCACUCGCAAGCUCAAGAUCCCGGCUGCCAUUAUCAGCCCUUACCGGCUUCUAGUCUUGGUUCGAAUGGUUGUUCUUGGUUUUUUCUUGACAUGGAGAGUCAGCCAUCCAAACACUGAUGCAGUCUGGCUUUGGGGGAUGUCUGUAGUUUGUGAAAUAUGGUUCGCUUUCUCUUGGAUUCUGGAUCAGCUUCCGAAGCUCUGUCCAGUCAAUCGAGCCACUGAUCUCAACGUGCUCAAGGAGAAGUUCGAGACGCCUACUCCAAACAACCCCACUGGGAAGUCUGAUCUCCCCGGUUUGGACAUAUUCGUCUCGACUGCAGAUCCAGAGAAGGAGCCGCCACUUGUCACUGCCAACACCAUACUGUCUAUCCUAGCAGCUGACUAUCCAGUGGAGAAGCUCUCCUGCUAUGUCUCGGAUGAUGGAGGGGCGCUCCUGACAUUUGAGGCCAUGGCUGAGGCAGCGAGCUUCGCCAACAUGUGGGUCCCGUUCUGCCGGAAACACGACAUCGAGCCUAGGAAUCCCGAGAGCUACUUCAACUUGAAGAAGGAUCCUUACAAGAACAAAGUUAAGAGUGACUUUGUCAAAGACCGGAGACGAGUGAAGCGGGAGUACGAUGAGUUUAAGGUCCGGAUAAACAGUCUGCCAGAGUCCAUUCGUCGUAGAUCCGACGCCUUUCAUGCUAGGGAAGAACUUAAGGCCUUGAAGGAGCAGAGGCAGAGGAAAGACGACGAGCCGUUUGAGGCGAUCAAGGUGAAAAAGGCUACGUGGAUGGCUGAUGGAACACAUUGGCCCGGGACUUGGUUGAGCCCUACAGCUGAACACACAAAGGGUGAUCAUGCAGGAAUUAUACAGGUUAUGUUGAAGCCUCCAAGCGACGAACCGCUUUGUGGGCCGUCGUUGUCGGAGGGUCAGGUGAUGGACCUGACAGAUGUUGACAUCCGCCUGCCUAUGCUCGUCUAUGUGUCUCGUGAGAAGCGCCCCGGCUACGAUCAUAACAAGAAAGCCGGUGCCAUGAACUCUCUUGUCCGAGCUUCAGCCAUCAUGUCUAAUGGUGCCUUUAUUCUCAACCUUGAUUGUGAUCACUACAUCUACAACUCUCAAGCCAUGAGGGAAGGAAUGUGUUUCAUGAUGGACAGAGGCGGAGAUCGCAUCUGCUAUGUUCAGUUCCCCCAGAGGUUCGAAGGCAUCGACCCCUCUGACCGUUACGCCAAUAGAAACACAGUCUUCUUCGAUGGGAACAUGCGAGCUCUCGAUGGGCUGCAGGGUCCGGUUUAUGUUGGGACCGGGUGUCUGUUCCGGAGGGUUGCUCUUUACGGCUUCGACCCUCCACGAUCCAAGGAGCGUGGCUCCGGCUUGCUCAGCUGCUGUUUCCCUCGUCGGAAGAAGCACCGUACAGUUGCUAGCAACGCGGACGAGAAUAGGGCGUUGAGAAUGGGAGACUCGGACGAUGAAGAGAUGAACCUCUCACUUGGUCCAAAGAUGUUUGGAAACUCGAAUCUACUCAUUGAUUCCAUCCCAGUGGCAGAGUUUCAAGGCCGGCCGCUAGCUGACCACCCCUCGGUGAAGCACGGAAGGCCGCCUGGCGCCCUCACCAUACCACGCGACCUUCUUGAUGCAUCCACCGUUGCAGAGGCCAUCAGUGUCAUCUCGUGCUGGUACGAGGAUAAGUCCGAGUGGGGGCAACGCGUUGGAUGGAUUUAUGGUUCUGUCACGGAGGACGUUGUCACGGGAUACAGAAUGCAUAACCGGGGCUGGAGAUCGGUCUACUGUGUCACCAAACGAGACGCCUUCCGUGGCACAGCUCCAAUCAACCUCACGGACCGGCUCCACCAGGUCCUCCGAUGGGCGACUGGCUCGGUCGAAAUCUUCUUCUCGUUCAACAACGCCUUCCUAGCCACCUCGAAGAUGAAGAUCCUUCAGAGGAUCGCAUACCUCAACGUCGGAAUCUAUCCCUUCACAUCUGUGUUCUUGAUCGUCUACUGCUUCCUCCCCGCGCUCUCCCUCUUCUCCGGCCAGUUCAUUGUCCAAUCCCUGGAUGUCACAUUCCUCGUCUACCUCCUCACCAUCACCGUAACACUCUGCGCGCUAGCUGUGCUCGAGGUUAAGUGGGCAGGAAUCGAGCUGGAGGAGUGGUGGAGGAACGAGCAGUUUUGGUUGAUCGGAGGGACCAGUGCACAUCUAGCUGCCGUGUUCCAAGGCCUGCUCAAGGUCAUUGCUGGUGUGGAGAUCUCAUUCACCCUAACAUCCAAAUCAGCAGGGGACGACGACGAUGAUGACUUUGCUGAUCUCUACAUAGUGAAAUGGACGUCACUGAUGGUCCCUCCGAUGGUGAUCAUGAUGGUGAACUUGAUAGCUAUCGCGGUUGGGAUCAGCCGGACCAUCUACAGCACGAUACCACAGUGGAGUCGUCUAUUGGGUGGCGUUUUCUUCAGCUUUUGGGUGCUGGCGCAUCUCUAUCCGUUCGCCAAGGGACUGAUGGGGAGACGGGGGAGGACGCCCACCAUCGUGUUCGUGUGGUCGGGGCUCAUCGCCAUCAUUAUAUCACUCCUGUGGGUGGCGAUCAACCCUCCGGAGGGAAGCAACCAGAUUGGUGGAUCCUUUCAGUUUCCAUGAGAGCUAUGACAAGGUUCCUAUUGCUCUCUCUUUGCCCCUUUACUAAAGUUGAGAUUUUUUCAGACAGAUAAAUUUGGUGAUGUUUUUGUGCAUUGCUUGGUUGCAGUCUAGUCUUGCAAUUUUAGACAAAGCUGCAAUAGAGAAAAACAUAGGAGUUGUUGCUGCAAUUCUUUGAUUGUUUUAGUGUUAUGAAUUGGGAAGUUUAUUCAUCAAGAGACCACACAUUUUUUUUGCAAUGAACUCAACCAAAAAAAGGAAUAAAAUAGUAUUCUUUCUUUA